AUGGAGAAAAUCUCGGAAAAGGUUGCGGCGCUACCUGAUGAUGCAUACUAUUUCUCUCUGGAGUUCUUCCCGCCAAAGACGGCAACGGGUUUGUCCAACCUCCAGGCACGUCUGGAGCGUAUGGCUCGAGCAUUGCGUCCGCUAUUCGUAACCGUAACAUGGGGUGCCGGUGGCAGCACAUCCGAAAGAUCUCUUGAAUUGGCUGCGACAUGCCAACGACAACUUGGAUUGACAACUUGCCUCCAUCUUACCUGCACUAAUAUGAGCCGGCCGCUCAUUGAUCAAGCAUUGGAGAGUGCUAAAGCUCUUGGAAUUAGAAAUAUUUUGGCCCUGCGUGGCGACCCUCCUCGGAGCAACGAAUAUCAUGAGGACGAGACACUCCCCGCGACCCAGGACAGCAAUGUCGAAUUCAAGUAUGCCGUUGACUUGGUACGAUACAUCCGAAAGCAGUACGGAGAUUACUUUGCCAUUGGUGUGGCAGCUUACCCAGAAGGCCACACGGAUGAGUCGUACCCCGAAUAUCUGGAUGCGGCAAAGGAUAUACCUUACCUCGUCGAGAAGGUCGAGGCUGGCGCCGACUUUAUUUUGACUCAGCUCUUCUUCGAUAUAACGUCUUUCCAGAAGUUUGAGAGUACGCUGAGAAAUCAUCCGUCUGGGGCAUUCAAGACGAUUCCCAUCAUUCCGGGACUGAUGCCUGUACAAAGUUAUGCCAUCCUGAAACGGACGACAAAGCUGAGUCAUGCAACUCUUCCCGAGGACGUCACAGCUAGGCUCGACGAAGUCAGGGGAGAUGACGAGGCUGUCAAGAGGGUCGGCGUGGAUAUCAUCAGCGAGAUUGUAGAGACGAUCAAGAGAUCACCCUCUCCUGGCGCUCGAGGCUUUCACUUUUACACAUUAAAUCUAGAAAAGGCGGUCGCCUUUAUUCUUGAGCGAUGCCACCUGAUACCCCCUUCUACACCAAUGACGCCAGCUGAUGAUUUCUCCGUGGUUGAGGAUGGAGACAGCUUCCAGCUAGACGAACAGAAAAAGAAGGAGCGCCGUCGGUAUUCCUCCACUAACUCCAUGCCCCGAAACCGCGUCGUGGUGGAACAUUCCUCUGGGACUGGGAACAGGCCGUUCGAAGCUCCUGAAUCUGAGGUUGGCGUUCCCAGAGAUCUAGUCAGUUCUCGCGCAACUACACUGGCUAUUUCCGAGGGCGAGGGUGCUCUUGGCAGAGAAGCAACGUGGGACGACUUUCCCAACGGUCGAUGGGGAGACUCAAGAUCACCUGCGUAUGGUGAAAUUGACGGUUACGGGCCCUCUCUCCACGUCUCCACUGCCCAGGCCACCAAACUCUGGGGAUAUCCUGUCACGAGAGACGACAUCUCCCAAAUCUUUAGUCGUCACAUUACGGGCGAGCUCGAUGCUAUCCCUUGGAGCGAGGAGGCUCUCAGUGAAGAGACCCAGACCAUUCGUAACGAAUUACUAAAGCUCCAUCAAAAAGGAUGGUGGACUGUUGCCAGUCAGCCCGCCGUCGACGGCGUUCGCAGCGACCACAAAGACUUUGGUUGGGGCCCGAGAAACGGUUUCGUGUUCCAAAAGGCCUUUGUAGAAAUCUUCCUCCCUUCUGCCGACUGGGCUAAGCUGCAAAAGAAGAUUUCCGCCCUCGACGAGGUCUCUUACUUUGCAGGAAAUGCCGCUGGCGACUUUGUUUCCUCGGAUGAAGAUGCCGUGAACGCAGUGACUUGGGGUGUCUUUGCUGCUAAAGAAAUAACCACCCCCACCAUCAUCGAGAAAGAAUCCUUCAAGGCCUGGCUCGAAGAAGCAUACACCAUCUGGGAAGAAUGGCAGCGCGUCUACCCUCCCCGAUCACCUUCCGCCAAGCUGCUCCGCGAGACCCGCGACGACUCCUGGCUCAUCAGCAUCACCCACCACGCCUACGUGCAGCCGAACGCUCUCUGGGAUCUAUUACUCGAAGACUAG